AAAAGAUGGAUAUACAGAUUGACACACACGUUCUAGAACAAUUGGAUUGCAUUAGUCGGAUAGUUGCAAUUGUUGUUCCCUCGUGCAGUAUCGACAACGCGCGUAAAUGUUCUGUAAAAAAUUAAGAAACUCGUGGAUCGAGGUUUCGAAAUCUCGGGAAUUAGUAAGUUUUGUUUGGCGAAGACUUCUAGUUCUUGGUUCGACGUUUGGAAUCGCUGUACUUUUAUUCUGGUCGUGCUACACAUUUUUCAAUAUGUUAAACUACAAGAUUACGGAUACCAAUGCCUUUCCCAAAAGAAUAGAAAAUUAUACCUAUGUUGGAAAAUCGACGGAAUUUCAAUUUCAAUCUUUGGACGGAAAGAUGUUUGGGGAAAGAAAGGUUACGAAGUUGUAUUGCCAGAUUAAAUCAUGCGACACGAUAAUUUGCACGUCCAUCUCGAAAGAGGACAAUAUCGAAACAGUGGUGUCAACGUAUAUCGAGAAUGACUUUAAGGCAAACUGCAAGAAUGCGAAAUCGGUGAAGUUGUCGAUCGAAGAUUGCGAAUUCCCGGACAACACGCUUCGAAAGAAUUGGCUGACCAUCAACUUGUCGAUCGAAGAGUUAACGUUGAACCGAUGCUCCCUCAAAGAAAUAGAGGACGACGCGUUCGCCUCGUCGAUUUACGAAAAAACGAGCAAGAUAAUCAUCGUCAACAACAAGAUCGUGUCGUUGCGCAAGGCGAUGUUUCGUCACCUCGACGCGUUGCAACAGCUGAGCAUACAAGAGAACAUAAUCAAGUCGGCCGAAUUUAAUCUGCUCGAGGAGGUGGCGGGUUCUUUGACCAACCUGGAACUGUGCCAAGCCAUCGACGAUCGAGAAGUGCUUAAGAACAUAACGGGCGCGGACAAGUUGUUCAACUUAAAAUUGCUAUCUUUAUACAAAAACAUUAUAUCCAGGAUCGACGAGGAAUUGUUCUCAGGGGUGCCAAGAAUCGAAUCGCUCUACUUGCACGACUCCAACAUCGAGACAGUGUCCCGGGACGUCUUGAAACCUAUGUCUUCGUCCAUAUUGCUUUUGACGUUGAACAGAAACAAGAUAACGUCAUUGCCAGAGGGACUGAUCGAUUCGACGAUCAGCUCCACCAAAAGUUUCCACAUGUACGUGCAAAAUAAUCCUUGGCAUUGUGAUUGCAACUUAAAAUGGAUGCAAGAUUUCAUGAAGGAUCAUUCGAGCAUGAUAGACAAUCCAACUUGCAACACGCCGUCGACGAACGCUGGAAAAUCGUUCGCGGUAGCGAGUUUCUCUUGCAACGAGUCGCCCAUUACUUCCACGAUACUAAACACCUUACCAGGAUCUAACACUUCGACCCUACUUCAAAUAUCCACCACCACCACCACCAACAAAUUCAUCCGUGUGAAUUGUAACGUUACCGACACGUACGUCCUACAAACUUACAACUCGCGCAAGUUGCGCUCGACAGACGCUCAAUUCUACCCUCGAUUUCCCAAUUUCUACGUCUCCGAGAUCCUAGACCGCAGCGUAAUGGUGAACCUGCCCAAUCUGGCCGAGGGUGUCACUCUGCUCUGGUUCGACAAUAACAACGUGUACAGCUCCGUGAGAUGCGCGAAAAAUACGAGACGGUCUUAUCUCGUGCAGGAUAUCGAUCCGCAGACGGCGUACACGAUCUGUUUGCUCGACGAUAACGGGAAAUUUAUAUCCCCGUUGAAUUGUUUGGCCGUGACUACGAGUGCCGCUUACGAGUCGAGGAGCUGGUUGACGAACGCCGACAAAACGCUCGUCCUCCCAUUAUCGAUCGCUUCGUUGCUUCUGCUCUUCCUCGUGGGCGGUUUCCUCUCGUUUCUGUUGAUAAGGCGACACCCCACGUUGCUUCGAGGAAGUAAACGCGUGAUGCUGGUGAAACGCAGGAACGUGGACGCCAUUGUGCUUCCCAAAGGUGUCGACGCGAACGAGAAGCGCGAGAGGCGGUUGGAGUACGCGAGCAGGACGAACGAGGAUGGAUACGUUACACCAUUGCCGCCCCGUGUUGGACGAACAUGGAGAUCUAGAACGAGCUCGCAGAGCGAUAGAAACAGUUACGUGUCGCCGGUGGAGACGAACGAGUCUCAAUUGGCUUUGUGGGGGCUGGCGGAGAGACGGAAGUCGAUCGCCCCUCCGGUUCCGCCUCAUCAUCCUUCUCGCGUGAUUAAAUCGGCCUCCCGAACCGAUUCCAAAUACGAGCGUGGCUACGAAGUAUUUACGAUCUAAUUUAAUUUUCGCGAUAUUCGAUACUUAUUAUUGGACCGCGACCUGUUUUACAAGGAUUAAGCGAUGAUCUCUCGAAGUCGUUUAACUUCUACACGCGUUUCGCAACGCGGCCAGUGUCGUGGUUUCAGCGUUUCUCAACGUUUCAGAUUUUUGUCGGAAUCUUUGCUGUUAUCAUUCUUAGAGAAGAUGCAUUACAAUAGCAUUGUUCAGGAAUUUUCUAACGAAAGUAUAAUACAGUUUCACGGUAAUAAAUCGCAAAUAGGAAAUAAAAAAGUGAUUGGAAUUUAAUGAUGGAGCACAAACAGAUAUUCGUUUCUUUUUCUCUAAAUACAUAUAAUUUUCCAUAUAAAGACGUAAAUAAUCGCAACGAUAUAUCCGACGAUGCACAUUCGUUGACGCGAUCGAGAAAAACGACCGAUCAUCAGUUGAGAGACGCUAAACGAGAGGCGAGUUCUUCGUUCUCGCCUCGUCGGAUCGACUUUCGUUAAAUCUGGCGGACGGCCCAAAGAUACGCGUGUCAAUGUCAAUAUUUCAACGAUCCCCUGUAUAAUCACGAAUGAAAGAGGUUAUACUCUCGAUCGACGAAAAUAAAAAAAA